AUGUAUGCAGGUAGUGCUGCUGCCCUGGCAACACGCGCUUGUCUUUACCAGACUAUCACACGUGCCCAGCUUAUGGCGUUGGUCGUGAAUGAGUACGUGUCGGGUGGGUGGCUGGAGCACUUGGCCCUUUGCAAACUGAUGGCAGGCGAGUUUGAUGAGUCCGCUGGGCGCAUCGAAUCUUCCACCGGAGCCGCUGCCCAGGUUGUGAAGGAGAUUCAGGCAAAAUCUCAUCAAGGAAAGUUUGAGGAGGGCAAAGAAGGUGGUCUCUUCAAAGGCACAGCAACUCAAACGCUUAAGACACAUGGUGCACCUGCGCAAAUUUCAACUGCACCUUUGCCUUCAGCAUCUGAAACAGUUGCAGGGAAGAAGGAAAUGCAAUCUCGUGCAAGUGUGGUUUGGGAUACUGGGCACAACAGCAUCAAGACUCCCAUAUAUGAGCUAAGCUUUGAUCCUUCAAGACGAUCUACGGCAGAAGCCUUCGAGAUGUUGAGAAAGAUCCUUCCCGGAGAGCAGUUGAUGGCAGUCCCAUCCACCUGCCCAUACCCCAAGAAGGAUUGCCUCAUUUGGCAGUACAAUCAUCAUGACUCAAGUGUUGUUGAACUCAUUAUUGAGAACACAUCAUAUACGGAGCAUGCGUUCUUGUUUUGCCGUGACGGCAGUUGUUUGAGAAGAUACAAGAGAUAUUCGAAAAAAACAGAUGCACAUCAUGAUGGCAGUGAGCUUCACAUUUUCGACCCAGAAGAGGAGUGGAUCGGUUCUGUUGGAGAGGGGCAAUUUAAGCUGGAAGGGUGUACCUUGAGUGGGACACUUCGUCAAGCAAAAGGCUUCGCAGAAUGGCGUACUUCAGAUUUUUGGAGCCAAGGCCGAGAUAUAGAUUUUCAUUACACUCGAAAAGAGCUUCUGUCCCACAGACUCAGCAAACGUGAGGCUUAUUUGGAAGAGAAGUUUGCUGAACUUUCAGAAAACAAACUGAAGGAUCUUGGCAUGGACCCACAGCACUUGUGGUUUUGGCAGGCUGACCUAUGA